UAAGGCAAAGCGAAAGUAGCUCUGUCACUGGAGGACAGCGCCAGCAGCAGCAGCAGCAGCAGCCAGACCUUCCUCUCUCUCAGCCUGCUGGGCUCCUGUCCCUUCUUCAUCGUCCACCCGAGACCCAAUGAUCGCGGGUGGAGGUUUGGCAUCCUGCCCGAGCAGUUGUUUGUGCUCCCUGAGCAUUGCAUGGAGCCAUGGGUAGAAAGCGACUUAUCACAGACUCAUUCCAAGUGGUGAAGAAGAGGAAAAGAGGGAGUAAGGAAGAAAAGGAAAGUCAGAGCCCAACCCAUGACACAGUCCAGGCAGAAUCUCCCUUGCAAGAUACUGCGCAGCCAGAUCAGGUGGAGCUACUGAAGCAGUUUGACCUCAGCUGGCAAUAUGGUCCCUGCACUGGAAUCACCCGCUUGCAGCGCUGGGAGAGAGCAGAGUUGUUGGGUCUCAGUCCUCCUGCCACUGUGAAAGAAUUGUUGUUGAAGCACAAUCAGGAUCCCCUUGUUAUAUACAGCUUGUGGUAUGGAUACUCCAUGUGAGAAGAGCAACUGGUGGUUUCCUGGGCAGCAAAGGAGUUCCUGCUGGCUUGGCAUGAUAGCUGUAUGGAUAAUUCAUUCCUGUAAUGGACACUGUUUUGUGGUGGGAGGCCAAGGCUCCCUGCUGGUCUCCAGUCAUGGUUCUGUCCUCAGCCUCUGUGUCUACAAUCAGUCCAGGACUUAUACUAAACUGGCUUUUGCUACUUUGAAUAAAAGUUUGUUAGAGUACUAAUGUGGUCUAGGUCAAGUUAAGAUAGUAUUUGUGACUUGUGAGUCCCUGUCUAUUGUGACAGCCAAAACUCAGACCCAGGAUGAAUAGUUCUUAAAGCCAAAUUAGCUGCGGCACUAUUUUUCUAUUAAUGUUUUAUUACAUUUUAAAAUUCAUUUCCUUUUUGUAACCACCCUUGGCUGUACAGUAAAGCUGAUUGAUUGUUGCAAAUGA